AUGUCAGAGGGAUAUAUGGAAGUGAACUUACCUAGUCGACCACUUGAUAAGUAUGGUACAAAUUAUGCUGGUGGGGCAGUUCUUCAUUCUAGUUAUUUAAGAAUAUGGACCGAGCAUUUCACGUCAUCUGUCCCACCUUUAUCUGUCAUAGGUCAUGUUCUAUAUUACGUUGGUGAUAGCGAACAAGAACACGUUUCUGCAUUUGUAUCUCUCUAA